CUCGAACGUUGGAGCACUUGGACCUACUCUCUACGCGCUUCAGCUCGGUUUGUUUGAGUAGUAGAAAAGUACGGACGAGUCCAUCUCGCCCUCGAUCUUAGCACGUAUUGCCCCUCUUCGCUUCGGUGGCGUUCACCCCACCAUCGGCUUCCAGCAUCAUCGACACCAAAGCUGCAGGUGACUACACUAAUAGCCCAGUCAAGUGUCAACAGAUCCUUCGCGCCAAUGAAAGCGUCCACUAUGCAUCUGGCGCAUCAUCGGCACAGCGCUCUAGCUUCCGGCCUAUGGGCGCUGGUCGCGCCGGAGAUAAGUCGUGUGCCUUCCAGUCUCUUUCUUUCUUCCUCCAAGACUUUUUCUCUCAUUCCGCGUCAUUGCCAAGUAGACCCUGUGUAGUCUGCUUGGAAAUUCGGCCCAUAUUGUUGGCUUAUGAGCGCGAACUAUCAUGCCUCGGAUAUUUCUCCGAACUCGCCCACGCCAUCCGAGGAUUCGGACGGUAUUUCCUCGGUAGGGUCUAAGUCAGACGCCUUCUCAGACAAGAGCGUCGAAGUACCAGAGCAUGCCCAAUUUCUGAGACAGACGAAACAAUCGUCGAGCACAAGCCUCUUCAGCGACCAUGGCGAGGUAGCCGAGGGCGCCGUCUCGGCCCGAGAUCGGCGUCAACGGAACCUUCUGAUCGAGACCAACGUGCGCGCUGGCACAGCACUACCUCACGUCGAUGAGACGGAGCAGACAGAAGCUGCAAAGGAGAAGCCAGUAUCAUGGCGUUCCUUGCCUCGGAAAGACCAGCUGCUCGUCUUGACGCUGGCAAGACUGUCAGAGCCUCUGACGCAGACAUCGCUCGGGUCUUAUAUCUUCUACCAGCUUCAAUCUUUUGAUCGAAGCUUGCCGGACUCCACCAUCUCCUUCCAGGCCGGUAUGAUUCAUGCUUCGUUCCCGGCGGCACAGUUCUUAACCGCUAUUCUAUGGGGACGCUUCGCGGAUUCCGAGCUUGGCGGCCGGAAGAGAGUCAUCUGGAUAGGGCUGCUAGGUACGAUGAUAUCCAUGAUUGGAUUCGGAUUUUCGCAUAGUUUUCCGGCCGCGGUGUUCUUCAGAUGUGUGGGCGGCGUUCUAAAUGGGAAUAUCGGAGUGAUGCGCACAAUGAUUUCGGAGAUCAUAAAAGAGAAGAAGUACCAAAGCAGAGCCUUUAUCAUCCUCCCGAUGACGUUCAAUAUCGGAGUUAUAAUAGGCCCGAUACUCGGCGGUCUCCUAGCAGACCCUGUCACAAGCUAUCCUUCUAUCUUCGGACCGGAUUCUUUCCUGGGCGGCAAAGACGGCGUUCAGUGGAUGAUCAAGUGGCCAUACGCCCUACCGAACUUGCUUAGUGCAGUCUUCCUGUUCAUCGCCACUCUAAGCAUCAUCCUCUUUCUCGAAGAAACCAGCGAGCUAUGCAAACACAAGCCCGACCCUGGGCUGCGCAUCGGACGUUGGAUACGUCGCCAUGUUCUCCGGCAGAACAUAUCCAUCGAUCAUCAAUACGCGGCAAUUCCCGGGGACGAGUUUGCGGCUGCAGCGGCUCUCGAGCUCCAGCCAACGCCCACUUCUGCUCAUCCGGACACGCCUGCAGCGCGUGACAAACCGAGCAAAUCGUUUACAAGAAAGCUCCCCUUCAGAAGGAUAUGGACGCGUAAUGUGAUCACCACGCUCUUUUCACACGGCCUUCUAGCAAUGCACAUCGGAACCUUCAACUCCCUCUGGUUCAUCUACCUCUCCGCACCACGCUACGAUCCCGCUCACCCGCACCCAUCGGGGCUCCAGCCACAUGGCCUGAUUCACUUCACAGGCGGCCUCGCUCUUCCGCCACCCCGCAUCGGUCUUGCGCUCGCCAUCCUCGGCCUCAUCGGUAUUACGCUGCAGCUCUUCCUCUACCCGCGCCUGUCGCAUCGCCUUGGCACAGCUCUAAGCUAUAGGAUCUUUCUCGCGCUAUUCCCGAUCACGUACAUGAUCGUGCCCUUCCUCAGCGUUGUGCCCAGCUGGGCGAAACCUCCUGCCGGUGUUUCGGGGCCCUUCAUAUGGGCCGCUAUAACGAUUGUGCUCUUCAUUCAAGUCCUAGCACGAACGUUCGCUCUUCCAUGUACCACUAUCCUUAUCAACAACUGCUGUCCGCAUCCGUCCGUGCUCGGUACCGUUCACGGGCUCGGUCAGUCGGUAUCGAGCCUUACGAGGACCUUUGGCCCGAUUAUGUUCGGCUGGAUCUUUGGGAGAGGUCUGGAUAUGGGUGUCGUGGGAUUGGCGUGGUGGAUUCUGGCUUGUGUUGCGAUCGUGGGGAGCGCGGUGGCGCAGUUUGUGAGGGAGGGAGAUGGGCAUGAGGUCUUGCUUGAGGGGGAGGUUAAAGGGGAGGAUGGGGUCGUCCGGAGGCUGAAGUGAAGAUGAGACUGGGUUUGUUUGGAAGACAGUGAUAUUUAUCUCUAAAACGACUGGAAACAAGCGCUACUGACGCAACGCUAAACGCAAAUAUGUUGCCGCUCAGUCGAGCCGACAAUGAAGACCAACCGGUCCAUCAACGGGGAGUCCAGCACGUAAAUCGCCGCUGUUACCCGUCGCCCAUAGAUAUAACGUACCGCGGUGCUUAAACCAAACACCUGACUGG